UGAAGCUGCCUUACUGGGUUGAUACCACAAAGACAUUUGCCUAUUACCUGUACCGUGUUCGUGGCCAACCUACCGGCAUCCUUGAGCUCUUGGCAGGCUCUGGCAUAGUCGCACUGUCUCCAAAUUUUUGUAAAAUGUACAUAUGCAAUCUCGCCUAACCGCUGGUCGGCUUUCAAGGACCUGUUGGUUGGUCGGCCGUAAGCAUGCCAGGCCGACGGAGCUCACAAGACGCCGAACGGCUUCAGACUGACGAAAACGAAUCUCUUCUAGCGAACAAGUCCCGUUCGGAAGGCCACGCAGGAGACUACACGGAUGAGGAGCGUUGUGAUCCAGAGCGUGCCGAUGGCGGCAAUACGACAGAAGUGUCACCAUACAGGGACCGGCGUGCGCUGGACGCUGAAAUCUUGUCCAUGGCACUGCCGAUGCUCGCCGCGCUAGCAGCCGACCCGCUCGCCGGCCUGGUGGACAGCGCCUACCUGGGACACGCGGGCUCCUCCCAACUGGCGGCGGUGGGGGUGGCGCUCAGCGUCUUCAACACCCUCACCAAGCUCUUCAACACGCCGUUGCUGUCAGUCACGACAGGCUGUGUGGCCAAGGCAACCGGGGAGGCUCGCAGGGCCGCAGCGGCCGCGGCUAGCUCCCCGGCUGACCGUGAGGCUGGGGCUGCUGGCAGCUCGCAAGGUUGCAGUAGCAUAACCGCAGCAAGCGCGACGACUGAAGGAAGCGCUAGCGCUGGGCACACGAGCGCAUGCGUUGGGAGCGCUGAAACAGCCGCGCAGUCACCGUCCACUGCGGGUUGCCCAGCCGCACCGCUCGCAUCACCCUCUUCAGGUGGUGCAGCAGCAGCGCCUGGCCCCGCUGGAACCAGCUUGCAUGGCAAAGCCGCGUGCACCGCCAGCAGCCUCGCCACCGCCGCUGACGACAACUGCCGAAGUGGGUCAGCAACAGCGGCAAGGACCGGUUCGAAAACUAGUACGAACAGCGACGUAACGCCAUCGAGAACAGCAACAACGGCAGCGACGGCGGCGGUGACAGCGACUGAUCAGGAGCGGCGGGCCGCGUUGAGUUGCCUCUUCCUGGCGUUCUUGGCCGGGCUGCUGCAAGCCGGGCUGCUGGUCGCAGGCGGUCGCUGGGCGCUGUGCGUGUGGGGUGUGCCUCACACCUCCCCCAUGUUCGCCCCUGCCUGGGGCUUCCUGUCCAUCCGCGCGCUGGGCGCACCAGUGACGGUGCUGAUGCUGUCGCUGCAAGGGGUGUUCCGCGGGUUACAGGACACGCGCACGCCGCUGCUUGCCACGCUGCUAGCCAACGGGGUUAACCUGGUGCUCGCGCCGGUGCUCAUCUUCGGGGCGAGGCUGGGAGCGGUGGGGGCGGCGGUGGGAACCGUCUCCGCUCAGGCGAUUACCGUAGGUUACUUGCUGAGGCAGCUCAGGACUAGACUGCCGCCGCUGCCGCCGUCGCCGGCAUCGUGUCAGCAGCUGCCGCAGAAGGGCGUGUCAGUAGCUGCCAGGGACCAGGUUGCCGCUGCUGCUGAUAAUCAGGAGCGUUGGAGCAAAGCAGGACAUGUAGUAGCGGACGGCAAAGCGCACGAAGCUGAAGCGACGGUGGUGCCUCCAAGGCUAGCUGCUGGAGGAGCCGCGGGGAGGCUGGCGUCGUGGUGUUGGGAGACGUUGCGGGACACGUUUCCGCUGUUUAAACCAACAGGCCUGCUCAUCCUCCGCCUGGCGUCUGUGAUGGUCGCCUACGCGGUCGCCACCACCCUAGUAGCCCACGCGGGUGAGAUCGUCACCGCCAGCCACCAGAUCUGCUUUCAGUUAUGGUUGGCCAGCUCCCUUCUCGCCGACGCCCUUGCGGUGGCCGCCCAGUCGCUGAUGGCUCGCGACCUGGGUGCAGGCAGCGUGCAGGGGGCCACACAGGUGGCUGGGCGGGUGGGCGAGAUGGCGGGCGCGCUGGGGCUGGGGCUGGCGUGUGCUCUGGCUGCAGGGCACCGGGGGCUGCCCGCGCUGUUCAGUCGCGACCCGCUGGUGCUUGGGCUGGUGAGAGGUUUGUUCCCAAUCAUCUGCGUCACGCAGCCCAUCACCGUCCUCGCCAUGACGUGGGAUGGCAUCUUGUUUGGUGCGGGCGGCUUUCGGUACGCUGCCUUCUCCAUGAACGGGGCGUCCAUCCCGGCCAUCAUAACCAUGGUGGCCGGCUCAAGGAUGUGGGCGAGGCACCCUAAAAGCGCUGACGGUAGCAGCAGCGGCGCACAUAAUGACCAGGCAGAGGAUCGUGAGCGGCAGGGGGUAUCCGGGAGCACAGUUCUGGCGGUUGUGUGGGCGGGUCUGACGGUUCUGAUGCUGAUGCGGUGGCUUGUGAUUGUGGUGCCGUACAUGCUGCGAGUGGGUCCCUUCAGACAGAUGAGAAAGAGGUGCUAGGAACAACCGCAAAGAAAUGCAAGUAUAUGUGAUUGCGAAGUGACUGAACGACUCUGGUAUUAUGUGUUAGUUUCCACUGACCGAUGGUGGAUGUUGAGCGUGGUGAAUGCGACAAGGGUACAGUAGCAAUAAGCGGCUGCUUAAGCACCUGAUCGAAGGAGUACUGGUCAGGCCGGUUGUUUACUGCCCAAGAAGCGACAUGUGAUAGAGUAGUGCAACUCCACCAUACAUGCAAUCGCUAAGUCGACCUCUGCUUCAAUAGGUUGUUCAGCUUUCGUUGGCCCCCUGGUGACGCCGAGCAGGAAGCCAUCCUUACUCAGCGUGUCAUACUGCGGCUUGCUCAUGUCUACAUGCCGGCAGCCCACGGCAUGCUCCAGCACCCCGACCGCUGUAACCGCAGCUCCAGCUUGCGGCCACAUUUUACUGGCACCUCAGAGCAAGCACAGACGCUGGCCCGUUGUGGUGUUGUCUUUCCGGCGUGUUGCAGUGUAGGUGGUUGGCUGGGUUCAUCACCCGUGUUCCCUUUUAGGGAACCAUUGUAACAGUCAUUCAUUUA